AUGCACGGCUUGUACAUCCUUCAAUUAGCCAAGAUGUUCGAGAUAAGCAAGAAAAAAACGGCUGAAGAUGGACGAAAAUCCUCGCAUGAGCUAUCAGCAGCCAAUCAAGUGACGAACAUACAAACUUUGAAAGAAUGGUGGUCUACGGUUAAAUCAUCUAUAAACAUACCAAAGAAGAUUAUGCCUUCUGGACCAGGUGUGAAGAAGAUCAAGACACAGUCGACUUCAGGCCAGCAGAGAACCGUACUGAAGCCAAUCUUGAAGAAAAAGAUGGCUACGUUUCCACCCAACUUUGAUAUUCCUUCUGUUAGUGAUCUAUACUAUGCUUCUCAAUUGUCCAUGCCAAAACUCGAAACCAUCCCAUGGCACCAUCCGUAUGCAGCGCCCAUGGGGUACUAUUCCAUGGAUAACUUCCAUAUGAAAGACCCAAUGUACCAUACUCCUACGGCUUCCCCCAAUGUUCCACAGAGAAAGAGUUCACUCGCUUGGAAUGAAGAGGUCCAGGUGGUGCCUGCGCUAUCCGGGACCAAGUACAAUAGAAAACCGCAUGCUGAUGCAACCUAUAUGAAUCUAACGCCAAAUAUCAAAUCGGCUAUACGAGAUGAACUCAACUACUACAAGAUGAAUGAGAUGGAAGUACAUGAACUGAGCAUGAGCCACACUGUUUUUCACUAG